AUUUCAAGAACUUUAGCAAUUGUUUUAUAUCAAUCUAACAAUUAGUUUGUUGACUAUGAACAACUUUUGUUUUUGUAUAAAUCUUAAAUCGGGUGUCUUUUUUAUUGCCGCUCUUGCAGUUUUUCUCAAUCUUAUCUGUGCCUGUGCCUCUGUUCGUUAUGACACAAAUCUCGCAUUUUUCUUUAUUUUCAUUUUCAGGUUUAUAAUUUGUGUUCUCGGAUUCGUCGGCAUAAUUCUGGAUAAUUUUUUAUAUGUUACAAUUUUUGUCAAUUACUAUUUGGUCGCGGUAAUUUUUGACUUCAUAGGGGUUGUGGAAUUUGUAUUGCCAUUUAUACAACUCUCAUAUUUCUUUUUACGUUAUUAA